AUGAAUACUCUGCCAAGAAGCAAAAAGAUAAUGGCCAUGUUAAAUAAAGACAUAAAAAAACGAUUUACUCCCCAGAAUAAUAAGCAAAAAAGAAAGAAAAGUAAUAAUGAUUUAGAUUCGGAUUAUCAACCAGAUUCAGAAGAUGAUCUCGAUUCCUUACAUCCUGAAAAAAUGAUACAAGUUCAUUCGCAUAAUAGAAUUUCUGGCUCAAAUCUUUUGCAAGUUUCAAGCCUACUUCCAGCUUCUCUUCAACCAGGAACUUCAUUUCAAGACCUAUCAAAUUCAGAAAAUGAAAUAGAUAUUGUGGAUGCCGAGGCUGUGCAAUGCUCUUCGUUUGAUAAUAAAAACGAAGAAUCAUUACCAGCUGCUAUUGCCUCUUCGAUAAUAGAAGAAUUAAUAGAUUUAACGAUUUCGGAGAUUUUAAAGAAAGUUACGAAGAAAGGGACUCUAAGAAAGCGGAGGAAGUUCGAUAUUCCAUUAUCUAGUCGCAUAGCAGCAAAAAGAAUGAAAAGGGUUUUGAAACACUCAAUAGUGAAACCGCCCUGCUCUUCCACAUGUUUUUUGAAAUGCAGUUUAAAACUCAAUGAAGAACGUAGAAAAGUUAUUUAUCAGCAGUAUUGGGAGUCACCCAGUGACAUCCAAAAAAACUUUCUACUAAACCAUGUUAACAGAGAAAAGAUAAAAAGAAGAACUGUAUUCCUCUCUACCGAGCCGUUAAGAAAAUCAAGAACUUUUAAUUAUUUCUUGAAAGAUGAUGUUGGUGACCUCCAUCGGGUAUGCAAAACUUUUUUCUUGGGGACAAUAGGAUAUAGUUCACAUGAUGAUAGAUUCCUCAGAUCUAUUACAUCAUCUGAUAAUGACGAAACUGUGAUUUAUACACCCAAAAGUCGAACAAGGGGGACUCCAAAUAAAAAAAUCGAUCGUAAGGUUAUUAUUGAUCACAUAUCUUCAUUUGGGCCAACAAUAUCUCAUUAUCGAAGAGCACAUGCACCAAAAAGACUAUAUCUUCCAUCUGAUAUUAAUAUAGCGUAUAUGCACAAACAUUUCCAAGAAAAGUAUCCUUCAAUGACAGCGUCCUAUACUGUGUACCGACAAGAAGUUGCCGACCAGAAUAUAUCUUUCGUUAAACUUGGGCAUGAGGAAUGCUGGUCUUGUGAGAUUUUUGAAUUGCAUUGUAAGCAGAUAGGCCACGAGAAAAAUAAAAUUCCUGAUGAUUGCAAUGUAUGUCAAAAAUGGAAUACCCAUAAAGAGAGGGCAAAUCUUUCAAGGGAAGCUUAUCAACAAGACAGCAAAUCUGACACUGAACCUGGUCGUUUGAUUGUAUCUGCAGACCUUCAAAAGGUAAUAAUGCUGCCACGCCUUGACAUGUUUAAAGAGGUAAUUUUUACACCAAGAAUUAUUGCAUUUAAUGAGUCUUUUGUCCCUGUCGGUUCCAAUAAAGAAAAGCCGUGUGCUAUCUUGUGGCAUGAGGCGAUAUCUGGAAGAUCAAAAUCUGAUAUCACAUGCGCAUUUCACAGAUUUUUGUUACUUAAUCGAGAUGCUCAAAAAAUUAUAUUCUGGCUGGACAAUUGCAGUGCACAGAACAAGAAUUGGGGAUUGUUUUGUUUUUUCGUCCAUAUGAUUAACUGCAAUGAUAUUGCUGCCCAACAAAUUGACCUUAAAUACUUCGAGCCAGGACACACCUUUAUGAGUGCCGACUCAUUCCACCACCAAGUGGAGCAUUCAUUAAAAAAAAAAGGAAAGGUUUAUGACUUCCAAGACUUUGUUGAUUGCGUUGAGAAUGCAAGGCCUGGAAAAAAGAUAGUCGCUGCUGUCAUGGAUCUUCAAAACUUUUACGAAUGGCCUGAUUGUACAUCUCAGUUCAAAUUGGGUAGAAUGUCUCCUCGACCAUAUCUUCAUUCUAUGGUGCAUGUUAGAUUCACAAGAGGUGACCACACUUUACAAUAUAAAAAUAAUUUUAAUGAUGAUUUUUGUAAACUAAAUUUUUUAACCGCAAAAGCUUACAAGAGUGGAGUACCUUCUCCGAAGCCCCUUAAAGAACCACGGGGUAUAUUAAAAGAAAGAAAGGAAAACAUAAUCAGUAAGCUCUCGGAAAUUAUUCCAACAAAUAGAAUAAGUUUUUGGAAAGAUUUACCAGUUUCUCAGGCUGAUACUAGUUUAGAUGACAGUGAAAUUGAAGAUUCCGAUGAUGAGUAG